AUGGAUUGUCCAAACUCUAAAGUUCCAUCGCCGGCUACAAAGAAAGUUAAAUCUUGUGGCGGCAAUGCUUGUCCCGCGUGUGGCAAGUGCCGUGACUGGUAUCUUAGCGGCAGCCGUUGGCAGAAGCGUGCUGAUGCGACUUGCUCUGGUACUACUCGUACAGAUACUAAUGGUCAUCCUGAUGGUGGUGGUUCUACUCGUACUUAUGUUUGUGAUCAUGGAUCUGCUACUGGUUGGAAUACUACUGGUACUACUUCUACUCGUGAUGAUCAUGGGGGUCGUUAUGGUAGGGGUGUUUACACUGUUACUCGUGGUACUGCUGAUACUUCCAGUGGUCAUGAUGGUUUGUGCACAUGUAAAAUCGAAUAA